GUCAGAAAACCUUGUGGAAGCAGAAGGUUGUUGACUGGAAAAUGUGGGUUAAUGGGGGACAAGGCAAUUAAUAGCUUGAAGAAUGUCGAUUCAACUCCUUUGCUUCAGUUUCUUCACCCAAUUCUGAACAUGCUUCUCCAUCUUAUAGGAAAUGGUGGAGAAACGCUUGAGGUUCUCAGUUUGGUUUUAACAAUGAUUUAAAUCUCUCAAACUUGUUCAUUUUGUGUACAUGCCCUCUUUCAUCUAAAUCUCCAAGCUGGAAGAGUUUUGUAAUUAAGUUCCACCAUGUUA